GCGUGAUAAAGAGGGUGUAUUCUGUGGAGUGAGCAGAACUCAGCCAGGACCAGGCCACAGCGCACCGCAGGAUCCCGACCUCUGCCCCGAUGUUGUCGCAGGUCAGAUACAACUUCCACCCGGACUGCGAAUUGUCGAUCAACAAGCUGGUCAGCCUCAAGUACUACACAUCCUACGUGCACCUAGCCAUGUCGUUCUACUUUGAACGGGACGAUGUGGCGCUGGAGAACUUCGCAAAGUCGUUCCGCGAGAUGUCCGCGGCCGGGCGUGGGCAGGCGGACAAACUCAUCGACUUCCAGACGCUGCGGGGGGGUCGAGUCCAGCUGCAGGAUAUCGAGAAACCAGCCAAGGGUGAGUGGAGGAAUGGGCUGGAGGCCACACAGGAUGCCCUGGAAUUACAGAAAAACGUCAACAAGUCUCUCCUCGAUCUGCACCAGCUGGCAACUAAUAAAGAGGAUCCACAGCUGUGCAAUUUCCUAGAGUCCAAUUUCUUGAACGACAACGUGGUAUCCAUGAAGACGCUGGGAGACCACGUCACGAGCCUGAAGGGACUGAAUGCAGGCCGGUCCAGUGGCAUGGGCGAGUACCUAUUUGACAAGCACACCCUUGAAUGAAGGAUCUUGACUGUGGAAGCAAACCAUCGCCUUCCAUACCCCUCUCCACCACCCCAAAUGAGCUUGUCUUUACAACCAAAAAGUAUCUUACACUGUAUGUCAAGACGUGUGUCUCAGAAAACAAGGCUACUUUUAUUGAUGUAAUAAAUGUUUCCAGAAAACAAAA